CAUGGCCGACGUGACUUCAAAGUGUCAGAUUUGUCCUCAAAAAAGCAAGCCAUGCUACUUCCCAACAUUGCCCCCAUCCCCCUCGAAGGUGGCAACCUCUUACACAAAAGCUGUGAUGGCUGCACCAAUGACAGCUCUAAUGGGUGUGGUGGUUGAUGGGAGACAACCGGACAGAUUUGAUGUCACUCCAAGAUGUCGGAUGAGAAAGCAAGUUGGAAACACUAACAGGUGGCGACUGCCUGAAUCCCUUGGCAGUGACCUUUUGGGAUCAAAUCAAGCAAUACGAGCUAUCAAAUCCAACUUUAAUGACAGUAUGAUGCACAUUAUUACAGCUGAGGGCCCGAUGAAUUCUCUGAACAUGGAUAUGUCGCAACCGUAUAGCUUCCGUGUCGUCGAUGACCGUCCCAAAACAAUGGGGUCCGCGCCUGAUGUGCCUAAUCUAAGCAAGUUAUCCUCCCAGUCCCAGACGCUAACCAAUUCAAAUAGUGGUCCGCUUCCACCAGCCACAGCCCCUGUGUUUACUCGUCAUGUGAGGGGCGUUGGCCCACUGAAGACAUUUGUGCCAAGUCGCGCACGUCCAGCAUCCGCCCUUGACGUUUUCUUAUACCAUUCAAAGAAAAGUGGCAAUGUCACUGGUCCUGAUGUGCUUCUUAAGUGCCUAGAUAUGAGUUGGGAAUUACAUCGACCAUAUCUUCGAAAAGCGGGAACAUUGUCGCUACUAAUUCAGGGUGCCACUCCUCCAAAACCACAGAUGUAUUACCGGGAAAAAACAUCGGACACACUCGACGAAUACAUCAAGAAAAAUAACUUCUACAGCAAUCCUGCACAGGAGGGCGUUAAUCUUAGCAGUGAUUUCGAGAGGGAUCAAACGGAGAUUGGUCUCAAUCAUCCCAAACACAUCUCGGAGAAACGCUUGAACAAUAUGACAGUGAUUGAGCUGGAGAUUGAUGACCCAUUGAUCACCAAAAAUGCUUUGGCAAUCACCCUUGGUAACCUCUAUCAUGAUGAGAUGGAGAUAGACAAGGAAGAGCUCGUUGGCGUGAUGGCAGCUGCCUAUCAUCUGAAGUUCAGGAAUCUCAUGGAGGGGUGUGUGGCGUCAAUGUUGAAGACAAUCACGGCGAGGUCUGUCUGUGCUUACCAUGAAGCUGCUCUCAAGUACAAGCAGGACCAAGUUAUCAACGCAACAGAGAGAUGGUUGGAACUCAAUCUAAUUCCGCAGCUUUCCACUCAAAUUCAGCUCCGCCAGCUUCCCAUGGUCCUCCUACAGAAGAUUCUUCAGACCCAUCGUCUCUUUGUCUUCAAUGAGUACGCACCGUACAAGGUGCUUGCAUAUUGGUUGUUCCUGCAGUUAAACCCCGAGAUACAGUUGAUGCCAUCACUCAGCACCGUCAUCUCGUACUUCAACAACUUGCCAAAAGCCAAUGCCUUGAUUGAGAGACAGGAGGGUCAAUACUUUUCACCCUUGUUCUCUGCUUUGAGACUCCAUGGAAUCCUUGACACAAAUAACAUCAAGGACAUGCAGCAGAUGAACAUAAUACCACAGUCGUGGAUUAUCAAGGUUUUGACGCAGCAUUACCAUGCCUUACAAGCAGGGGGUGACAUGGUGAACAUGAACAACUUCGACCUCUACGCAGUCCGACAAGGGUUUGUCAUUGAUGAUGAACCCCACUACCACUCUGAGAUAUUAUCCCUUCAUGGCUUCCAUUUUGAGCUGAAAGCCAUCAAGCAGAAAUUAGAUAACUCGUACAGCUUCUUCAUGCAGCGGCUGAAACCAAGCGACCCGAUCCUGUCAUUCCGUCAAUGCGAGCGCCAGACGUUCUCGAUGAGAGCUGAUCGCGAAGUGAAAUACUGCAUCAGAGUACAGACAAUCCAAAAUGGAGAUUACAAGUUCCAUUCAACUGGUGUCAUAACCCACAAGUUCGGUCUUGGAUCCAAAACUAGCAAGAGUGAGGUGCUGAAACUGGUCAACGUGUCCAAGCCGCUGUACGUUUCGUACUGUCUUCUGUUUCCUCCGUCGUAAAUGAAGAAUCAACGGGCCACCAAACUAUGCAGUCUUGAGAUCUGUCAGUCUUGGGUGCAUUUUCAGGCAAUAGUUAUGUCCAGGAUGAAAUGUACUGAGCGUUAUCCUUGAAACUGUCUACAUUUCUUGCACUGUCAAAAUCAUUCUCUAUGUCUGAUCGGUCUUAUAGGUCUGGAUCAGAAUUUGUUGUGAUGAAGAAUAUAUGAUCUUUCUGAAAUAAUAGACAUUGUUAUGCAAGUAUCCAGUACAGCUUUGAUUGACAGUUAUAUAUUAUUUUUGUAAUAAAGAUGAUUGCAGACUUUUUUGUAUUUGAAAUGGUCUGUGUUGUGAGACCAUACAGGAUCAACAGAUUUAGCUAUCCAUUCAAAAUAAGCAGAAUGAAUGCCUGUGAUGUUUACGAGUGAAUUUUGAUCAAAGUUUUUGAACCUUUUGAUUACUAGUAUAGCUGUGAUAAAACUGUUUUUUAUAAAUAUGCGUUUACAUGUAUUACAUUCCGUCCAAGUGCCAAUAAAUAUAUACGGUAGGUGAUGGCACACACCAAUAAUGCCAAGAAGAAAUAGAUAAUUUACCUAUCUAAAAUUGGAAUGAUGUUAAUGUGUGCAGUUCUACUUUUAUACUUUAUAUAUCAAUGACAUUGCUAUCUGAAAAUCAGAGAGAAAAGUUGAAGUAUUCAGGAGUGCAACUUUUCUGUGAUUCCACAACCUGACAACAGGACUAUACAUGUAUGUAAAUCUUUGCCAGUUUUCUUGCCUGGGGAGUUUUAAAAGGAAGUAUUUCUUCUGUAGUUCUUUCUUCCCUUUCUUCUUCCAAAGGUCUAACCUAUUUCUUAUGCUGUUCUUGUAGUUGACUGUCUUCUUUCACAGGUUUAACUCACAUUCCUAUGUAGUUCUUGUAAUCGACUCUCAUCUUGCACAGGUUUAAAGGGUAACUCGUGUCAAAUUUCACCAUAUAAUGUUUUAGCUGUUUUUGACAAAUGACUACGUCUUUUUCUCAUAAAUCGGUAAGGUUUUCGAAUCGAAAUGCACAUUUUCUAGAAAUUGAUGGUUUAAUCCCGCCUGGACAGCUCGCUUCGAUGCCGUUUUCGUUGAUGACGUCACAACAUGAACAUUUUCACGGUCGCGGUGGUUUACAUUCAGCGAUUUAUAAUAAAUCUAAUCAAAAAUGGAAAAUUUUAGCUUUACAUUUGUGAUCAACAAUUAAAAACGGAUGUAUUUCCGUAAAGUUGUAAAUCGCAUCAUAGUAUCACUUUAACUGAUUUCUUAUGUAGUUCCUGUACUUGACUGUCUUCUUACACAGUUUUAACUUAAUUCUUAUGUAGUUCUUCUACUUGACUGUCUUAUAUGCAUAGGUUUAGCUGUUUUAAAUGCGGUGUUUUGACUUUUCGAUGAGUUGGAGGGGUGCUGAUUGUAUUUUUGUAUUUUGACUUGCUUUCGGUGGAGAGGUUUUACGCAAACACUUGCUGUGAUUUCAUUUUAUAUAUUGUCACUUCUCUUUAUUACCUCAAGUUUUGCAAAGCAAUGUUUAAUUUCUGUUUAUUUGUUGUGUUUUUUUACAUUAUGUCAUAUGGUAUAACUACGGUGGCCCAUAGAGGAAAUGCGUUUAUUUUCAAUAUAUUAGAAUUUUUUUUUUACAAUGCGAUUUUUUUCUCUCGGCGGUGAGAAAUAAAUCCAACGGCGGUUGUAAUUCGAGAAAAAAAUUCUAAUAUUGAAAAUAAACGCAUGUCCUCUAUGGGCCACCGUAUAUAACACUGUUCCAAGUCUUUCCAAUUUUUCAGUACUGUACCCCCUUCCUGUGUAGAUAUACAUAUGCUAGAACCCAAGUAAGGUCCUGCCUACAUGUUCUGUAAAAAGGUUGUCGGUUGAUUAUGGUGUCUGUAGUCAUGGCUUAGUUGAUGCAAACUUGCAUAUACUAUAAAAUCAACUCUGGUUUGAGUUAAAUGAAUUGUGGUUCAGUACUGUUUUCUACCUAAAGUUGUUUGUAACCGUGCAUAUAAUACUCUUUCUUAUACAUCACUCCUCCACCCUACUUGCCCUUGCCUUGAAAUUAAGAAUUUUGCUUUGUUAAGCUUGAGGUGAUCUGGAAUCAUAUAUCUAUGCAUUUAACUCAAGAGCACUGUGUGAUAACGUAAUUUUAUAUUUGUUUGUUUUUGUAAUUCACUCUGACUUGGGCACAAUCUGAUAUCAAUCUUUUGUCGGCACAGAGUUUCACCGUGAUCAAAACAUUGCAGUUUAUUGUUUCAAUUGAAGGGUGUGUUAGGAUACACACUUGGUGGGGCUAGACCAAGUGAAUUUUUCUUCCCCAUGUCUCAGAAAUGUAUUUAUUGUGAAGAUCAAGUCUCAUUUCAGUCGAGUUGAAAUAUAUAUGGUGUGUUUGAA